UGGCCCUUUAAGAAGGAUAAAGACGACUCCGCAUGAGCCGAGCGCAUCGAUGCCGCGCUUUACAUUUGGUCGGUGAUUUACUUGAGUGCCACGGGGGAAAAAAUCCAAUAUUAGCCUGGUCGACAAAGAUUCAUUCGUGUGAAGUCAACACUUAGGUUUUCUACGGAAGCAGGAGAUAUGUGACGCUGUUUACUCUGUUGCUGGUUUGCUCUCUGGUGCGUAAUUGAUGCGAGUGUGCAACAUCCUGCGCUGCAGCACUCAUUUUGCCAGAGUCAGGAUCCUUCACAGAACCUAUUCAGCGAAGGCUCCUUUUGCUAGAGCUGCAGGUUUUGAACUUCCUACCUUUGUUGUUGCAGGACAUCCUGAACACUACACAUGCAGUGCCCGCCUCAUCUUAUCCCCGAGAGCUCCACUUAAAUGAGAAAUAAUGGAAGACAAACGCAAAAAGCGGAGCCCUAAGGUGUCGCUACCCCAGCCCCCUCCUCCACCCAUCAACCCCCGCAAACUCACCGUCCUGCCUGCAAGCAAAAGUGCCACCUUCUCGCUUGGCUUGCCGCAGCCCCCCUCCCCUAAGAACAGAGGCAAAUACAAGAGAUCCAUCGGAGCACCUGGGCAGCCCAAAGAGGUGUUCGCCACCGUUGUAGCUCCACCAAAGAUCACAAGGCCCCCCAAGGAGAAACCCAGGGCCCCCCAGCCAGCAGGACCCAGUAAAGUGGUCCAGUCUUCCCCCCUGCAGCACUCCUUCCUCACAGAUGUGUCCGACGUGAGAGAGAUGGAGGGAGGCCUGCUCAACCUCCUCAACGACUUCCACUCAGGCAAACUGCAGGCUUUUGGUAAGGUGUGCUCCUUUGAGCAGCUGGAGCACGUGCGUGAGAUGCAGGAGAAGCUGGCCCGACUGCACUUCAGCCUGGACAGCCAUGUGGAGGAGCUGUCAGAGGAUCAGAGGAAGUGUGCAUCCGACCACAACCUGGAGCACCUGCUCUGUAACCUGGAGGAGCUCAGCACCUCAAUACAAAAGCUCCACUUGGCUGAGAACCAGGACCUGCCGAAAACAUCUGGGCCAUGACAAAGGGGGAUGGAUGACCAUCUUCUACUCCUGACGUCUAACCAGUCCAGGUCUCCAUGGCAUUAAUCCAGCUGCCUUAGUAACAGAAUGGAAAUGUCCCCAGGAGGAGGACCUGUUUUUCUCUCUCCAUUUGGUCAGUGAAGCCAAGGGAACAAUGCAGUGACUCAUGAGCAGCAGAGCAUUAAAUGAUCACUCAACCAAAAUCAUAAACCUCCCAUGUAUGGCACAAAAAAAUUAUCAGAGGGUUUACUGAAUAGUUCUGUGAGAACAAAUGUCUUGUGCUCAAGUUCUCAGAACAUGCUUGGCUCCAAAUAUUAGUUACAUCAUUUAGUAACAAGUUGAAUCCAUGUUACAAAAAGCACAUUUCACGACAGCUUAAGAAAUAACACUAUUUCAUUUUAUGCCUGUUUUUUUCUUAGUUUUUUUAAGUUAUUACUCUCUCUGAGGAACGUUUUAUUUUAUACCUGUUUUUUUUUUUGUUUUUUUACAUACAUUCAGAAAGUAUAAGUGUCUUUUAAGGAAGUCAAACUGUAGCUAUACUUAACUCGCAGCAUAUUAGGCCCUUUUGACAACACCACUGUGUCUGGCCUUGAACUUUAAAGGAGUUUCAGUUUUGCUAUUACGACAACACUCCCUCAUUGUUUUUUAUAUAUUUGCUUUUAAAAUGUAAUACUGGGACACAGACUGGAUUUAUGAAAGGCUGUAUGAACCUUUAUAUUCACUGGAUUUUAAAGGGACUAUGUGGAGAGCUGUUGUACAAAAUGUACCUUUGAAUAACUUAUAAAUUAAUUGUUUAAUGUUUUGAAAAUGUGCAGUAAAGCUACUGUAUUUGUUAGACCGGUGGUUUAAAUUGACUGUUUUUUUUUUUUUUUUUUUUUUAAAUCGGGAUUUCUUUAAGGCUUUGUUUUAGUAUACGAGGGCUCAUCAGCAUUGUCACUGCAAGCACAAGCUAGUCCACCCUGCUGCUGAGAUGCUUUAAAAUUGUACUGUGACAUGAAGAACACAGGGAGUCUGUUCAGUCGGACACAAGACAAAUACAUUCACUGUGUCCCAUCUCACUGUGUUGAGACAGCACACAGAGUAAUGCAGCUGGCGUAGAUCUCUGUACAGUAACGUUUCUAAAUGGCAGCUACUUUCAUUGUUUAGUCAUUUCAAAAUUUGUCAGCGAUGCAUCUUGGGUGUAAUAAUAAAUCCCUGACAAUCAAAUUAGGUGAUCAAUCGGAGACAUUGAAGCAUGUGAUGCAUUCGACUGCUUGCUCAGCCUACCUCUUUUCUAAGGUUUUCGCCUGGAGCCGCUCUAAAAGCAUCUUAAAACACUUCUCUUCCUGAUUGAUUGAAGAUCCUUCACCUAAGGGCUCCAUCUGGUGUGAAUUGUCAUAACUGAUUAACUCACGGAUUAUUUUCUCCAUGAAUCAAUCUGCUUUUAGUCUAUACAAAUCAGAAUAUACUGAAACUGGAAACCAACAGUCCCUAAACUCAAACACAGUCACUUUGCAAAGAUGUGAAACAGAACAUUUGGCACUGGAUGACAGAGAAUUCUUGAGAACCCAUAGAAAACUGAACAUUCUUGCAAAGACGUUUGACUAAAUGAUUAACAAACGUCUUGUUGCAGCUCUACUUUACUGUAAGCUCUUUUCUGUUUGAUGUUUUAAGAGCAGCAAUGAGCUGAAAAUAUGAGCUAGUCUCAGUCAAAGCAUCAGAAAACUUGUGAAAGACGUGUUUUUUUAGUUACUGUGCCCAUGAAUAAAUAUCAUUUUGAACAUUUUAAA